AUGAUUCGCCUCGUCUUUACGACAACAGCAAUAAUAACUAGCUCCUCGGCACUCUACUUCUACAUCUGCCAUGACCGCCUAUCAAAACGGAUAACACACAAGUCCCACACCGGAACCCUCUCCACAGCCCCCAAACGAACAGCUAUAGAAUCAAUCCCAGAACCUGUCUUCGGCGAUGAGUACUUCACAAUCUACGACCAUGCCUCGAAGUCUGUACCACGUGCCUCUCUCCCCAACAGCGAGACUACAGACGUGCUCUUCACAAGACUCGUGCGCCGCAACAUGAAGGCUUUCUCGCGGUCCCCGCAGGCGCUUAUGCUUGCCAUGACCAGUAAGACGCCGGAGCAGAAGGAUAGUUUUAAAGCGGGACAUCUUGCCGCACUGGAUUUCAAGGUUGGGGAUUUGGUUUGUGGGGCUUAUCGCGUUGUGGUGCGGAACAGGGAUCGGGUUGAGUUUGAGAUUAAAGUCGAGACUGUGGAUUUCGUGCAGGGGAGGUUGGCGAUUAGUUAUGAAGAGGACGGGUCUCAGGAGGAAGAGAGGAAUGUUGUGUUUUGUAGUGAGACUGUUAUGUGGAAGAGAGCGGACGAGGUUAGGAAACUGCCGUUGGAGAGGCCUACUUUGAGGUGGAUGCAUGAGAUGGUUUCUUGGUGGUUGUUGGACUCUGGGGUUAGGUACUUGGGGGAUUUGGAGGGUGCCUGA